AUCACGUGCAAGGCAAACAUUCGUGUGUUGAUUAUAUCUAACUGUGUAUUUAUAUAGCUCUAUCGACUAUCUUAUACUCACAUUUCAGGUCUGCCUAGUUUGAUGGCCGUUUGUGAGAUGUUUCCAAACAUUAUAAUUACUAUAUUCAUAUUUAAUUCCCAGCGGAUUUCAUCCACCCGUGCCCUGUGGGGACCCCAGCGUGCCUGAAGCGCGCUCUCCAAGCCGCCAUCCCGGGCUUCGUGCGCGGGGUGCCCGACCUCGGCAUCGACCCCCUGGACCCCUUCAAGGUAGACCGGCUGGCGCUGACGCUGCCCGGAGGCAUCAACGUCACCAUCCUGCACGGCGUCACCACGGGCUUCGGGAAAUGCAAAGUUAUGAGUGCCGAUAUGCGCAACAACAACAUGGAGGUGAAGGUGCGCUGCAACGUGGUGGUGACCGGCAAGUACCAGUCGUCCGGCCGCCUCCUCAUCUUCCCCAUCGACGGAGAAGGCGACGCCAUCAUCAAGUGCAAAAACCUGGACAUCUCAGUGAGUAUGAAGCUGGGCGCGGCGGUGGCGCGGGGCGGGCGGGAGUACCUGCAGCUGAAGAGCUACAAGAGCCGGCAUCAGUACGGCGGCGCGGUGACCUACCACAUGACCAACCUCAUCCGGAACAGCCCCGAGAUCAGUGCUCGAGUGGUGCAGUUCAUGAACUCGAACUGGCGUAUGAUCGCCGAGGAGUUCGGAGACCCGGUCGUGCAGUUUGGAGUGGACAGCAUCAUGAGCAACGUCCGCCGCCUGCUGAGCCGAGUGCCACGGGAUGUGUUUGUUAAUGUACCUGAGCAGUAA